AAACAAUCACUAGCAGGCGGACGGGUUGGGGAACAAUGGGGCCUUUGGCAGGAUGUUGGUCUCCUGAGCGUUCUGCCUGUACUUGGUGGUGAGGGGUUUUGAAGAAAAAUGACCCAUUGUCUCUCUCAUCCUGCUUUUUAGCCUGAGCAGUGAAACGAUGCCUCUGGAUGCUCGCCCAGGAUCACCUACCAUAAAGCAUAGAAAAAGUCCCUGAUAUAUCCACAUGGACAGGUAGGUACAGCCUUACACUGCUCUUUUUUGUCCUUCUGUUUGUGGAUUUUGCUGAUGGCUGUCCUGGUAUGCAGCUGUUUGUUUUUAUGCAUUAACAAGAGCUUGAGUUUUUUUACCAGCACCUUCACUAAAAUGAGCAUAGGGAACUUCACUAGAGUUAAAAUCAGUGGUAGAACCCUGCUGAUUGCUAUUGCCUACAUGUAGUCUAUACAUAUUCUCCACAAGUGAAACUGGUGUUGUUGUUUUUUAAUGUUUCUUGGAAUUUAAUUUUUUACAUCCCUUGACUUUUUUCAAACAUUUUGCAUUUAAUCCUCCCAAAAUUACACAGGAAUCUACAGGUAAAAAUAGAAAUUUAGUUGUUUGCCAGACUGGAACACUGAUUAUGUAAAGCUGUUUAUCUCGUGAUAUUGGCAGUCAGUCUUUUAACCUGUUAAUAUGAAGGGUCUGUUCCUUCCCUGACAUCUAAAGUUCAAUGUGUACUAAGAAGGGAUAACAUAUUUGAAUAGACGUGGUCAACACGUUGUUCCAGUGGAUUGUUAAAUUGUAACCAAAUAACUUUUGGUCAAUUCAGAACCUUUUCAAUUUGUAACUGCACUACUAUCUCAUCAUCUUAAUAUAACAGUUUAUUUUAUCGACAUUUUUUUUCUCGUGAUAAAAGAAAUGAUGUUAUAGCCGACCUUAAAGGUAACUUUUAAAAACACCUUCCAGAUUAGGAUAUUUCUGAAACGUCACAGCCACCGUUUUCAACAGCAAGUCAGGGUUUUCCAUAGAUAUACAGUGUAUGUAGUGUAUAAAUCUAUGGGGGUUUUCAAUGCAAAUGCUGACGGCAUGCUCCAUUUUGCGCAUUACACUUUCAACGUGGACACAUUUAACUGCCAUGUGCAAAUUGUUGAAAGUGUGAUGCACAAAAUGGAGCAUCUGGAGGGCUUUUUUAGGAGUUACCGUUGAGGUUGGCUAAACCACCUUUUACCUUAUCAUGAGAAACGAACUUUGUUAUAUCAAGCUUAUGAAAUGAUAAGUCAUUAUCAUGAGUUUACAGUGCAUAAAAAAAAUAAACUCCAUGGCCAUUCUCAGCUGCUGUGGCACAGGGAUUCAUGUGUAGUCAUGUUUCUGUUAUCUUAAGUUCCAGGAUUACUAGGUCAUUGAACCCUGUAUCAGAACAGUAAUUCUUUCACGUGGUUAAAACACCCCAGACAGGUCAUUAACCUCAGGUAGUUUCAGUGAAAGUCACAGAUUCUCAACACGUCUGUGAGAGGUUGGGAAGUGUCAGUGAUGGCUGAAAACAUCACUGCCACCUUGUGGAAAAAGACAUCCUCACUAACAAACAGACAUCAUUCAUUUUCAACAAUGCCUUCUGCUCAGCAGAUUGUUUUCUAACCUAUUUCUAAGGCCUGAUGGAGUUAAUUUAAAUGUCACAUGUAAAGUAGUACAGAGUAUUGUAAACAGAGGAUGCAUAUGUGCAGUUUUAAUCAGAGCUUUUGUUGCAUAAGCAAAGAGAGAGUUGUGCUGCAGUUAUCACAGGGGGUCCUGCAGCAUUGCUACCAGAGUCUGGAGUUCACUGAGUUGGAGGAGGGCAACAGCACAAAGGCGUCUAGAAGGAAGGAGCUGCAGUAAACACAUCUCUGCUAGUCCAAAUGACCCUGACUAGGUCUGCUGCUCCUUUGGGCCUGCCCAAGACAUGUCCCUGACACAGGCAGUUAAGACAAGAUAAUGUCAAAGAUUAAGGCCUUCCAGCUCUGCAGCAAAGCACUGUGAUUUUGUUUGUUUGGAGGGCUUGUUUUGUGUUGGGUUUCACCACCCUAACAGUUACAGAGUGGAAAUUAUAGCAGAGAAUAAAACCAUAAGAAUAAUUUGUAUUUUGCGCUUAAUACUAAAUGAUUAGAGUAAAAAAAUCAAAUGGUAUUGUGAAUUUAUCUUAUGUGUUUAAAAGAUGCAUAAAGCUUCUCAUAAGUUUUCCUUGUAAAUGAUUAAUUUUAUGACAUUUUCACUCAAAACAGCCCAAACAAACCAAUCAUCACUAAUCACAAAGAAAUCAUAUUAUUAUUGGAAUAAAAACAACAACAGCAGAGUCUGAACUAUGUGAUCCUUGUUCUGUUUUAAUUAAUUACCAAAGUAACAAGUUUUCUCUUAUAUCACCAUGUCUCUUUUUGGAACCUUGGUGUCCUAAAGCUAAUAAGCAAACUGGAGGGAAUUGUCCCUGCUUUUCCCACUUCAGCAAGGCUUGAAACCAAAACAGAUUUAUUAAGUAUUUUUAUAAUAUUGUCACUCCGUCUUAUCUAAUCUUUUCAUCCACUACAAGCAAGACAAACAGCCCCUCAAAAUGAAACAUUAGAAGCUGAAAUAAGACAGUUGUGUCUAAAACUUGCAGGUGGGGCAGAAAUGAAAGCACUUAUUAGUGCCAUCUUUCUUUGGCCUCAUACCUCUUAUCAUGUAGCAACUCAGUCAAGGUCACUGUAAACUGCUGAACUUUUCCCAUGUUUACAACUUCCCUGUGAAUGAUAAACUUGGCACACUGAUAAAAAAAUCUCAGUCUACAUUAGAGUGGUAUUAUGACACAAUGGUAUACAUAUACAAGUGGCACUGACUUCCCAUCGAUAAAUAUAAUAGGGGCAUAAAAUGUGACAUAUAUCCUUGGCAUCAUUGUCGGUUGAUAACUCAGGCACAGUAUCUAUCUAUACUGUAUAAACUGUACGUUCAAAGUCCAGCUAACGUCACUGCAGUAGUGCUGGAACUUAUCAAUGUAACAAUUUCAUGUGUUUAUAGUUUUAUGUGGACCCAAAUGUAUAAAGAUACAGGCUUUACACUUUCUUAGAUUUCUCCUUUUAUACUUUCAACAAAACAUAAACCAAAUUUUGCGAGUCCACCAAAUCCAAAAGUUGUAUUAAAACAUCAUUGCACUGGGUAUGUGAGUGUAAUGUUUUAACAGUGUAAUGCAACUCCAAACAAGUUACUUAGCUUGUAUGCAGGAGACACAGAGCCCUAGCUGAGGGAAGUUGUUGGCAUCCACCUCAAGGCUUUUCAUCUCAGUCGCUUCAGUGGAGUCCAGCCUUAGUAAAACUGGCACGGGGCGCAUUCUCCCCUGGGGUAGGAUAGGCUCAGCUGAGAAACUGAGAGAAAAAUGAGCAAAUGAGAUGGGACUGCCACCACUCUCAGGCUGCCUAUGGGAUAGCCCCCCCGCAGCCUGAUGAGAACAGCUUAAUGAUAGUAGAAGAAGAGAAGGGAGAAAGAAAGGAGGAGUCCAAACACCAAGUUGCAUGCUUUUGCUCUGGUGUCUUGUGUCACUCUUUCCUCUUGAGGGGGGGAGGAGGGGGACUUGUAAGUCACAUGGUAGGAGCUUGAUCUGUUACAUAAAUGCAGACCUCCACAGCCCCCAGUCUGCUCGCAUCAACUUUAUUCAGUAAAUACAUGAGGGGAAAACUCUUGUGAUGACAUUGGUGGCGGCCAAGGAGAGUUGUUGAGAUGUUCACUCCUCUGUGUUGCAUCACUUCAGCACUCGGCUACGCUUCAGACCCUCACAGCUCACGUUGACCUAUUAGAGGUGAAACUGUCUGGGAAUUAGGAAAUACUUGAGUUCAAUAUUUUUGAAGUUAAAUAUGCAAAUUUUACUGAAUUCAAUUAAGAUAUGAAGUAGUUAAUGCAGAGCUUUUUUAAUUCAAUCUUAAAAGUCAGUGGAGUUUGUUGUCAUGUUUGUCAGCUGUCACACUGGAUUUUUUCAAAGCUGGUUCUUCCUCACAGAUGCUACCUCUUUUUUUUUCCAUUUUAUUUAACAUUAAAUAUAACUUUGACCUUAUGAAUAAUAAACACUCCUAUUUGGCAAUCACAUGAUGCCUGUCCUUGUGACAACAGCAAUGUCAAACAAUGUCUCACAGGGAAUAGCUGUUAUAUUUUCCUGGCUCUCGGCGGUCCAAUCAAUAUUUAUCAGUGUGAACGGCGGUUUCCCAAAGCUAGGAUAGCCUGAGAUGUCCGAGGACACAGUAACAUUUACAAACUAGAAAGUCACUGCCUCUAUGGGAUUGUGCACUUUUGAGUUAAGCUGUUCAGAAAUUUAAAAGCACUUUCAAAGAUGUAGUCAAACAGCUUUCUUUGUUGAAUUUGGAGUUAUCACAUAAAUGUAAAUCUAUUUUUAACAAUUAAAAAAAAUAGUCAAGUGUGGAGACACUUAUUAUUGGUUAGCAAUGUUUUUUUAUUAUUCUUGAUGGAAUUCAAGAAAUGUAAGAGUUUUUUUUGGUAGAUUCAAAAAGAUUCAAAAGGCAGCUAAUACAAAUUUACAAAAAAAACAAACCAAGUUGGAUUAAUCACAAAAUAUGACUGUAAAAGGAGAUCUCUAUAGACUGUUUUAAACUAUUUUGCUUUUGAUGCUUUCAUUCAUGUUGAGGAUCUGUAUAUUACUACAUACUUACUUACAGUAGAGUAAGUUUAACCUCCAUAUGUGUUAAUUGUGAAUGACAGCAACUUCCACCAACUGUCUAGGAACAUCAACUCUCAGUGACUUUUAGUGAAACGUUUACUUAAGAACGCUCUCCUCUGAACCAUCUGUGCGGAUUAUUUCUUUUUUGAGGACGGAGAGAUUUUGGAUGAAAUAAAAUGUGCUAGAACUUAAAAACACGUGCAUAUCCGUCCCUUAGGGUUAGCACAUGUCCAAACCCCAAAUGCUCUAGUCUUUCCAGAAGCAUCCCCUGUCUCCUUCUCCUCGGUGCUGCACCAGGGGUGCUCGCUACGCCACAUCUCCUCCGUCAGACUGAGAGGGGAGCCUCGGAGGUGAGGCCAGAGGAGGACGGAUCCUGCAGGGCCCAGAUGGCUGGCUCUCUGAGCUUUCUUCAGACCACAAGCUAAUCAGACUAAAUAAGAUCUAAAUGACUUCUCGUGUGAGUGUACGGUCUGUUUCAACAUGUCUCGCUGAAGUUCUUAGCUCUCCCACCCACCUAAGUCUGUCUCAUACUCUCAUAAUUAAUGUGGAGACAGGAAAUGAGCAAAUUCUCAUAAUCAUUUACAGAACGGUUAACGGAUGGUGGCCUUACCUGUGUUGUUGAACGUUACUCUUUGCUUUUAUAGCUGUAAACAGGUCAUAGCUGAGGGUUAUUGAAAGCCCUGUAAUAAUCAUAUGGUCACUUUGACAAUGAGCAGACACUUUUCAAUAAUGCAAGCCAGACUCUCACCGUUUAUCUGUCCGCUUUUAAAAGUAGUGCAGUUUAGAUCUCUUUCCAAACUUGACAGCAAGAUCUGGCCUUAAGAAGGAAAUGAGGAAAUUCCUUUCUGGUUUUAAUCCUGCAUGAAUCACCUCCUCAUCUGUGCUUUUUCUGUCAUUACAGACUAAACAGAAGAUUUAAUCAAGUUAGUGUGCAAGAAAGCACUUUGCUGUCAUGUUAGUCCGCUCUACAUAUGCCUUUAACUCACAGUGUGUGCUACGGCACUCCACAGGUCUAUAGGUUUAAAAAUAAGCACAAAAUUCAAAAAAGACGUGUAACAGGAGAGCAGAGUGUGACCUGUCCACUGCUCUGUUAUCUGGCCAUCUGCCUGGAUUGAAGAUCUAAAUAUUAUGACACUUGAUAUGACGGAGUGUACCUGCUGGUUAUAUUCUGGCGGAUCUGCACUGAGGCAAGGUGGCUAAUGUCUCUGUGACAUUUCUGUCCUCAGACUCCCUGUAUUUGUCUCCCUAAAGUUGUUUUUUUCAUAACUGUCACACACUGUAAACUGUUAUGCAAUUGACAGACAAUAUAGAGGUUGUUAAACCACACUCCCAGAAUGGUUUGUGUUUGUAUGUGUGCUACAAAGAAAGAGAGAAGGCCUUUGUGAGUAUUUACAAAUGUGUGUUAAGUGUGAUAUGACUUUUCCCAUUAACCUAAUACUCUCAGAGUGAGGUUCUUCUGGCUCUGUGUGGAUGGCUGUGGGGCAUGAAGGCUUUAACCUGCGAGGAGUCGAGAGUCAAAGAUGGAGUGUGGUGUUGAGAGAGGAAGAGGGAGGGAGAGACAAAGUAAGAGAGAGAGAGAGAAAGACCCUCAUCAUCUGUGUUACAAAUGUUGCACAUGAGUGUUCGGGGGAGGUCGACUGAGUUGCGAUUAACACGCUCCCUCAGCUGGGUGUUCGCUUCAAUCUGCAUAGAGAUAUCCUCAAGUCUGAACCCUGGGAUGAGGGUCACUCGCCAGAGGACGAUUUUUUUCAUGUCUCUCUAUUUUUUUAUACUUCCUUCUCGGGCAGAAGGCUGGUGUAAUAGAAACCAGACACAAGCCAGAAUGUGAGGCAUUCACAGCAGCAGGACCCCACUUCUUCACAGAGUGAAGGAAACAGGAUUAAAAGAAAGUUCAGCCUGAUAAAGUCCUAAAAUAGUUUUCCUCUUUUUGCCAUUUUGGGAUCAGUCAAUAAGACGAGGAGGGCUGAAACAGUAGGAUGGAGGAGCUGUCUCAUGUAUCAGACUGUGGAGGGGAUAUCUAGAGAGGGCAUGGGAGACCUUCAGGAGGGGAAAUGCAUGUACGACUCUUCCAGGUGGGUUGUCGUUGUUUUUUUUUUAGUUUGUGACUCUCUUGGAGAACCAUUGAGACUGUCUCCUUCUGACAGUCCUUUAGUAUCGCUGUGGAUGAACAUUUGGAAGCAAUGAAACUGUGUUGUAACAAACUCUAAUGGAAGAUAAGUUAAUGCAAUUUCAAUGACCUUUUAUAUCUGACUGCUCUGCUAUUAAAAAAAAGAGUAAUUAAAACUGCAUUAUGAUAAGUUAUUAUGCUUUCAAUUCAACAAUUUGAUGCGUGUCUAUUAGCGUUUGGCAUAUAAGGCUUGCAUUCAUAUCAGUGAGCAAGCUCUUGAAUAUGUAUUUUAGACAUAUUUUAUGUUGCGUAACUGAACUGAAGUUUGAUAAAAUAUUGUCGCCGUAAAAUACACUUUUAAUAUCUAUUGGAUACACACUUAAAAAAUCACAACUUAAUCUACAGUUGCAUUUGAAACAGCAAAUCCUGCAGUGGAUAUUGGUCUGUAUGCAGACAUUUAAAAGGAUUCAGCUCUCUAUUUUUUUGUUUCUCCAAACAUGAAAAUAUUAUUAGUAAUAAAAAAUGUGUCUUUCCUAUGGUAAUGAAACAAUGCUGUAUUCAAGAACAUAGUCAUAAACUAAACAUAACCUCAAGCUAUAUUAUAAGUAGAAUUAUGCAUGUUUUUUACAGCUGCAUCUUACAUCAGUAUCGCUCAUCUGAAUGUGAUUUGUCUUUAUUAUCAAUAACAACUGCAUUUUUUUUUUAUUUAAAAAUACAAAUCCCACCAAAGUCAAAAGGAAAAGAUAAAAGACAAACAAAUAAUCAACAUAAUAGGCGAAAAAAAUACUUAAGCUUUGACAGCAGGCAGAUAUUUCUGCACCUUUGAGGCAAAAAGCUAAUAUGUUCAUAUGGUUAAUAUAAAGUGAGGAUGUUAUGAUGAAGAUAGAUUCAUUUAAACUUUGGUGUAAAUCGCACAUAUACCCUUCCUCCUGCCAUGCCAUCCUGAGGCUCACAUGAGCUGCCCACCAUAGACGCCAUCUGUCUCCAUGUGGCAGCCCCCCUCCCGAGCCUCAGCAGGGCUGGAUCUGGAGGGGAGGCCUCGUGGCAGAUCAACAAGCCUCUCCUGUUCACUCAGAUGGCAGGGGAGAUGGCACAUCCCACGCCAGGGAACACAGAGCCACUGCUCUGCCCUCAUGAAGCUCUACGCUGUCUCCUCAUCGCAGCUUCAUUUACCUCACCGAGUCUGCAGUGACUCUGACACUGUGAAGUUACAUGUCAUCUGUUUUACUGUGUGUGUGCUCGUCUGUGUGUGUGUGACCUUUGGCAUGACGUGUUGAACUGCAGAGUACUGUAUGUUUCUGAAGUGGUCCUUUGAGUGGGGCACACUCUUCUUACAUUCAGAGCUCUGUCAGCUUUAGUUUGUGUUUUUGGCCUGUCACACUGGUGUGGUGGUCAGCCUGUUCUUGGGUCAAAGCUACAAUCAAAGUGAUUGUGGAUGUUGGUGGUGGUUUGCUUUGCAGAUGAAAUGUCCUUUCUACUCGUUUGAAUUUUCCUUUUGCUACUUUUGCUUCUCUGACUCUCAGGACGUCUGAAUGGCAUGUUGUGUUAAGAUUGAAUGACAUAAUCUUUAUUAUUGACACUAAUCAGCACAAGCUGUUUUCUUGUACUUGGCUGUGUGGUCGAAUAAAAAUAAAUGACAGUGGUGGUGACUGCAGUUAAUGUAUAAUAAAUUUAUAAAGAAAAAUUCAAGACUGAGAAUUACAAACAAAAAUUAUUUUGAUGGUUACCCAAUAAAGACACAUGCUAUAUUUCUUACUCAUGAGCCCAGUCUAGAUCAGAGAUAAAAUGGAGUUUGGUGAGGUAAGGUUAUUGACAGAAAUUUAAUUCAUAGCAUUAUUGACUCUCGUUAAAGUCAUUUUUCACCAAUGAUUUUAAGACCCAAGUCCCACAAUCUUUGCAAAAGCAGUUAUUUGUUAGAUUUACUCGUCCUAAAUGAUAGGUAAGUGGAUCUCUUUGGGUUUUACGGAGAGGUAGACAAACAAAACAAGCUAUUUGAAGAUGGCGUGGCCUUGGGACAUGUUGUUGAUAAAAUUGGAAGAUCAUUUUUAGAUGCAGCCUCCGGAUGUCCUUGCAUUAGUUUGAAAACUACAAACAAAUGGCAUGUUUAAGUGCAAGUGACUUAAGUCUGAGAGGACUGUAAAGUUUCAUUAUCAUACUACAAAGUAACAUUUCAUUUGAUUCCUGGUGGAGACCGACGAUUUCAUCAGUCUUGCCAAGAACAGACCAAUUCAUGUUAUUUGAAAUGGUCAGAAUCCGCCAAUGUGUGAUCUGAUGAGGCUGAUUUUGAUAAGAAUUAAACAUAUAAGGACUGCUGACACUGCAGGCAGCCUUGUCAGAGCAGCCGCUGUUGAGCUAUAUUAACAUCCCCCAAAAUGACAAUUUCCCACAUAUUAAUGACAGCAUUUCCUAUCUUAAAGGCACUAUGAGGAGUUUUUAAUUAGUUGAGUAACAGGCUGAAACUGAUGUCUCUUCAUGACCUUCAGAUGCAAACAAAGCCACUAAUAAUAAGGCUAUUAAUUUGUCUGUUGUAAUGUUUAUGUUUGUUUAUUGUCAGAUCAGAUGAUUGACAGUGAGCUGAAAACUUACUUUGUCCGUGACAGGAACCAACAGUGAGUAAAGCUGUUCACUGUUAGGAUAUCAAAGGAUAAGGAUUUUGUCUGAAAAUACUUCUUUCACACGUCCAACCUUAAGAGAUAUCACUUUGUCCACAGGGGGGCGUCAGAAUUGACACAAACCAAAAAGUCCUGACAGCAGCUUUAAACAGUCACUGUCUUGUGUGUACCAUAAAUUUUAUUCUGUGUAAGAUAAUGCUGUUUAGUGUUGCUUUUGACAUGAAUAUCAGUAAUUAUCUUGCAUCUAAUGCAUAACACAAUAGGUACUUAUAUUUAAUGAAUAUGUCAAAAAUCCAUCUAAAUCACUUUUCCAUCUGAGAUAACCAUGUGCAUCAGAUUGUGGGAUAAUGGUUUUUAUUAUUAGGAAAUUGUUCUAUUUCAUUAAAAUUAACUAAAAAGUACUAUUGAUGUUACAUGUCGGCUGAUCUGCUCUCGUUUCAGCCUUGAAAAAAUUACCAGUCAACCACCAAAUCCCAGUGCAAAAUACAAAUAAACAAAAAAGGGUUUAAUCUGAAAUUUAUACCAUUUUCUAGUCCGGAUCUAUUCUUUAACAAUCAAUCUCACUGAAUUCCUUGUUUUCUUUUUCCAGGUUCUAGUUGAAAAGCUUGUUCGAACAACAUGAGCUGGAGCUUUCUCACUCGUCUCCUGGAAGAAAUCCACCACCACUCCACUUUUGUGGGGAAGGUGUGGUUGACCGUGCUCAUCAUCUUCCGCAUCGUGCUCACAGCAGUUGGGGGAGAAUCCAUCUACUCAGACGAGCAGACAAAAUUCAUCUGCAACACUAAGCAGCCGGGGUGUGACAAUGUCUGCUAUGAUGCCUUUGCUCCCUUGUCCCACGUUCGCUUUUGGGUCUUCCAGAUCAUCAUGAUCUCCACUCCCUCCAUCAUGUACAUGGGCUACGCCAUCCACAAGAUCGCCCGAACGUCAGAGGAGGAUCGCAGGAAGCACAACAGGCUCCGAAAAAAGCCUCCUCCUCCUCACUCUAGGUGGAGAGAAAGCCACCACCUAGAGGAUGUCUUGGAGGAAGAUGAAGAUGAUGAUGCAGAGCCGAUGAUCUAUGAUGACACACUGGAGGUGCAGGAAGCCAAGGCUGAACCUGUGAGCAGCACAAGCAGAGACCCACCAAAGCAUGAUGGUCGUCGAAGAAUCAUGCAGGAAGGACUGAUGAGAAUCUACGUUCUGCAGCUCAUGUCUCGAGCUAUUUUUGAAAUUGCUUUCCUUGCAGGACAGUAUCUCCUUUAUGGUUUUCGAGUAAGUCCUUCAUAUGUAUGCAACAGAAUCCCCUGUCCACACAGAGUGGACUGUUUCAUUUCCAGGCCUACUGAGAAAACAAUCUUUCUCCUCAUCAUGUAUGUGGUGAGCUGUCUCUGUCUUGUGCUAAAUGUGUGCGAGAUGCUUCACUUGGGAAUCGGCACCUUCCGUGAUACCCUUCGUAUGAAGAGGAACAGAGGCCGGCGAACAUCAUAUGCUUGCCCGUUUACCCGCAACAUCCAGGGCUCCCCACCAGGGUACAACCUUGUGAUGAAGACAGAGAAACCCAGCAGGAUCCCCAACAGCCUCAUCACCCACGAGCAGAACGUUGCCAACGUGGCCCAAGAACAGCAGUGCAUCAGCCCGGAUGAAAACAUCCCUUCUGAUUUAGCAAGUCUACACCGGCACCUCCGGGUGGCCCAGGAGCAGCUUGAUAUGGCCUUUCAAACUUAUCAAACCAAACACAACCCACAAAACUCCAGAACAAGUAGUCCUGUGUCUGGGGGCACCAUGGCAGAGCAAAAUCGAGUUAAUACAGUUCAGGAGAAACAGGGAGCAAGACCUAAAUCAGCCACCGAGAAGGCAGCAACCAUCGUAAAAAAUGGAAAGACCUCUGUCUGGAUAUAGAGGUCAAUCUAGUUUGAAAUAACAAAUUUAAGAACCAAGUCUGCACUGUGACACAGCUGGAAGACCUGUGUGUGAGAUGCAGCUUAAGACAAGAACAACUGAGAACUUCAAUCACACUUAAUGAAGGAGUACAGUAAACAGUUUUGGGGGAUAUAAAAGAAAAACACUUAAGGGAAUCAUCAAAUCCAGUAUCAUGAAUCUUCUUUGUUACUGUUGUGUGUCUACUUAUGCUUAACAUAGUUUUUGGACGCGUGGUUACGUGGUUAGUUAAACAUCUCUAAUUCCAGCUGAAAUGUCAAUGUAUAAAAACUGCUUGGAGCUAGUUAUCUGAUCUACCCUUGACUGCCUCUGAACUGGAUUAACAUGAAGAAACUUCUGGAAGUGUGUGAUUGUACCUUCAAUCCAAAUUUGAAAACGCAGUGAAAACCACUGUACUAAUGCACAAUGUGUCAUUUCUGAAAAAGAUGAUUGUUGGAGGGAUGUGUGUUUAAUAUCCGAGGGAGUGUUUUGGGAUGCAGUGUGGAUGAGUGUUGCUGAAAGCAGAUUAAAUGUGAAGACUUUUGAUAAAGAUUACGAAACAGGGCUGUGACGCUGUAGGUUCUUCUGCUUAACAUCUGCUCAGUUUGUCGGUCUUAGGUCAUUGCGUGCAAAGCACUUAUCUAUACUUUCCCAAAUCCUUCAGUUUCACAAUAGUGGAAAAGGUUUAGUGAGUAGAAUAUCUGAUUAUUUUCUGAAAUAAACACUGAUUCUUUGCAAUCUGAAACAGAUGAUGCAUGCUUUAAAACUGGGAACAUGUAGUAUACACAUACUGUAGGUUACAGUAGAAAUCCCCACCCUUAGCUACACUCUUACACUUACCUUGUGUUUUGGCAUGUUUUCUUUCAUUGAAGCAGUAUGUUUCUAGAAUUGGUUUCAGAGUAAUAUUUAAUCCAGCCUUCACUGUUUUCAAACUUCAAAGUGCCUCAAAGUUUUAAGACUGUUCAAAUAUUUUAUUCAUGAUGAAAUAAACUUAUUUAAAACCUCUGA